AUGCAGGAGAGUUUCACUGCUGGUCCACAAGAGGUCAGAGCAGUCCACAUUGAUGUACAUAAUCCACAACCAGAGAACCUGAUCAACCGGAUUCCUCUGGCCACAAAGCUGUGUUAUGCUGCUGGUGGCGUCCCAUAUCAGGUCACUACAGUAGCUAUAGGUGUUUCCCUGCAGAUAUUUCUUCUGGAUGUUGUGCCGAUGGAGGCCUACUAUGUUUCAAUGAUUUUGUUUGUGAGUCGGGCCUGGGACGCUGUGACUGACCCUCUGGUGGGAUAUCUGGUGAGCCGCAGUGAGUGGACCCCCAUCGGCAAACUCAUUCCCUGGCUGGUUCUUUCCACUCCGUUUGCUGUUUUCUCGUAUCUGCUGCUGUGGUUUGUUCCUCGAGGCUUCACAUCUCAGGCCCUCAGCGUGCUGUGGUUCCUCAUUGCAGCCUGCCUGUUUGAGACCCUAAUAAGUUGCUACAACGUCCCCUUCCUGGCUCUCAACAUGUUCCUAGGGGGAGAUCACAGAGACAGAGACUCUGCCACGGCCUACAGAAUGAGUGUGGAGGUUCUGGCCAUGCUGUUGGCUUCUGUAAUCCAGGGUCAAGUUGUAGCGGUGUACAACACAGAGAGGCAGGAGGCCUGUGAAAGUCUAGACCAGGCUCAUGAAAACCCUCUAAGCACAUAUUCACCACAAACUGCAUCACUAAAGGAAACGGAGAAAGCUUUCCUGACCUCUGCAUUGAUCAUGGGUGCUCUGUUUUACCUAAGCAGCCUGGUUCUCUUCCUGGGGGUGAAGGAGCUGCAGGCACCCGACAGCUCUGAUGACAAAAUGCGACCCUCCUACUUGACCUCACUGAAGCUGCUGAUCCUUCACGUGCCUUACCAGCGACUUGUGCUCGGCUUUAUGUUCUGUGCACUCGCAUUUCAGAUGUCCUUGGGUAAUUUUGCACUUUUUUGCAGUCAUGCUGCUGGGCUGGGGGCCCAGUUCCAGCACCUCCUACUGGUUCUACUGGCGUCUGCCUCCAUCUCAGUUCCUCUUUGGCAAAUGGUUCUCCUGAGAAUAGGAAAAAAGGUCACAGUUUUCAUUGGACUAUCGUUCUUCAUCCCAGCUGUGACUGUAAUCGCCUGUGUUCCCAGUAACCUCCCAGUUUUCAUGGUUAUGUGUGUAUUGAUGGGAUUCAGCGUGGGGACCAUAUUCUUGCUACCCUGGUCUAUGCUUCCAGAUGUGGUGGACGACUUUGCAGUGAAACAUCCGUCUUGCAAAGACCUGGAGCCUCUGUUUUUCUCCUGUUACGCCUUCUGCAGUAAGCUGGCAGGAGGCCUGGCUGUUGGGAUCUCAACCAUAACAUUACAGUUCGUGGGCUACAGAGCGGGCGCAUGUAACCAUGGUGAAGAAGUAGUGACAGCGCUGAUAGUGCUUUUCUCCCCAGUUGCCAUCAUACUUCUGCUGAUAGGGAUGGUCUUUUUUUGGUUCUACCCAAUCAAGGAGAAGCAAAGUUUGCAGCCUCAGGAGCAGCAGAGCACAGCGCAGCCAGAAUCUCCAGAAUCUUCAUCAGGCUCAACAGAACACACAGAGCAGCCAAUCAUCCUGCAGCAGCAGUCAAAUACCUCGCAGUGCAACCUCAGUCAUUAUAAGAAACACUCAGUCAAGUCAUCUGUCUGUUCAAAUGUAUCAAAGAGCCCCUCUGCAAAGUACUGCAGGCCUACAGCUGUUGUCCAGUCAAAUGAGAAUCCUCGAUGUCAUAAUCAGAGACUCAGCCUGAACCAGCACUCAGGAGAGGAAAUACUGCUCCGAAAGUCCUCCUGGAAUCAUUCUGGGUCAUCUUCGAGCAGGUCGAAUGCAAAAUCCAAAGUGACGUGGGUUUAGACGGACACCUCAAAGCUAGAGUUUGACAUUUUGAGAGGUACCUUUUUUUUUUACUUUCUUGCUGAGAGCUCUUAUCUCUGCAUGUUAAAUAUGAACCUGCAGCAAGCAGCUGGUUAGCCAAGUAUAAAGGCUGAGAAUGAGCAAACAGCUUGCAAUGCUGUGCUCAGUGUGAUAAAAUGUAACUCAACAGGAAGUUUACUAGUUUACAUAUUGUAUUUAAUGUGUUUAAUUUACACAUAAAUUACUCUGAACUGAAGUGCAGAGAUAAAAGCUGUUGUUUUACAAGAAGUUAGAUACUUAUUAUCACUGUGAGGUUGUAAGGCAACACAUCAUAUCUACCUGUAAAUCCACAAUGUCUGAUUAUUACAUUUCUGUUAAUUUUUUUUACAUGGAUGUUAUUUCUUUCCAUCACUGUUUGUUGUAUAAAUAGAACACAUUUGAAAAAACUUCACAAUAUUAAAUGGUGAUGACAUGUUAAUGUUUUCAGUGUUAUGAUGCCCCCAAGUGACCUAGAUUAAAAAUUACUGAAAGUCUCAGCUGAACAAUGGAAUGAAAAAAACCUACAUGGCUAAGCUGUGGUGUCUAACAUAGAUGGUGCUGUUUGUCUUUGAAGUUAUAAAAUGUUUAUGGCUCAUCAACUACCUACAUACCUGCCACAGAUAUUACACAUAAUCACAUUGCUGAAGGUUUGUCUAUAUUUUGUGACGGAGAGAACAAAGUAAUAUUGCUUGUUUUUCCAUGUGUUGUUAUUCCAACGGGAUGUGUUUACGAUCACUCAAAGGGGGACAUCCCAGACUUGGGAUCAGUCAUCAUCACUUUGUUUGUUUUGAGC